AUGACCGGCUUGCCGCGAACUGUACGCCCACAUAUCCGACCUUCAACGAAGUCGACAACAAUAUACUCUACGAUAAAGGCACGGGGGCAACGACGCAAUGGGUCUUCACAGGUCGAACAGCCGGGCGCAAGCCUUGUUACCUCGGACGAGAUCACUAGAGCACGGAGGUACUGCCUCGACUCGCUUAGGAAGUACGACACGCCAUCAUCCUUGCUGUUGCCGUACAUCCCUAGUCACGCCCGAGAUGCAUACGUUGCCUUGCGAGCCUUCAACAUCGACGUUGCUCGUACCGCAGACACUACAGGCACCCCCACCAUUGGUGCAAUGCGUCUGCAGUUCCAGCGAGAUGCAGUAACCAAGGCAUUGCAAGGGCAGCCACCGAAGCAGCCGAUUGCUAUCCUGCUCGCAAAGGCCGCGGACGACAUACUCGAGAAGACCGAGGGCCGUAGCAAAUGGAGCAAAAGCUGGUUUAUGCGUAUCAUUGAUACGCGUGAGAAGUAUCUGUCUAACCCGCCGUAUCCGAGCAUGCCUACGCUGGAAAGUUACUCCGAGAACACGUACAGCACGCUUCUAUACCUCACCCUUCAGGCGUUGCCUAUGUCGAGUUUGGCGGCCGACCACGUGGCCAGUCACAUUGGCAAGGCUACCGGCAUCGCCACCGUCUUACGCGGUUUGCCACUACUUGCUUUUCCUGGUCCACCCAACAAGCACAGCAACCAAAGCCAACUUGGUGGUGGUGACAUGGGAGCGACAAGACAAGGUGCAGUCAUGUUACCUCUGGACGUCAUGGCUGAGGCUGGUGUGCAGGAAGAAGACGUGCUCCGCAGUGGUGGCAAUGCCCACGGUCUCCGUGACGCUGUCUUCACCGUCGCUACUCGCGCCAAUGAUCAUUUGAUUACUGCGCGACAGAUGCUGAGCAGUAUCCGUGCCGGCCAGCAGGAAUCACAUGAAUUCGAGCAUCAGGAUGAAGAGGAGCAUGUCUCCCUGCCAGUCAUGGCAGCGGGGGGCCGCAACAAAGAGACGCAAGCUCAAGAGGUUGAGCGUGCAUUUGGCGUCUUCAUGCCUGCCAUUGCCACGCAGCUAUGGCUCGAAAGGCUCGAGAAGGCGGACUUCGAUGUGUUCAGCCCGAAGCUCAGGGUGACCGACUGGCGACUGCCGUUCAACGCUUGGUGGGCUUGGCAACGCAGAAAGAUAUGA